UUUGGUUAAUGAAAAAAGUAUUAAUAAAUUUAUCAUAUUACUAGGAAUAUCAAAUUUUAUGAAAAUUAAGCUUUCUUAACUAAAGCAAAAUAAUACAUUUUAUUUGACUUAUAAUUAGGAUUAGAUAAAUAUUUUUAUUUAUAAAAAGCUUUCAUCAUAUAGCUACUUUAGCUCAAGUUUUCCUUUUUAAAAUUUUAUCAUUCUAUUUUUUAUUUCCAAAACAAAUUUUUUGUUGCGGCUUUUUUUCCAUUCUUGCCUUAUUUUACUUGCUACCACUUUAGCAGUUACACUAAAAAUAAAAUAAAUUAAACCAAAAUAACCUCAUUCUUAUAAAUAUUAUUAAUCUUAACAAAAUGGUUGCAAAAAACGCUUUUUCCAGCGAAGUCGCUGAAACCCAAAAGAAGGAAAAAUCAAAUGUCCACAAGUACUGUGGAAAGGCCCUUGCAUUAACCCUCCUGUUAGUGAUCUUAGGAUUCAGCGCCAACGUGCCAACUUUUGAAAAUGCAAAAAACUGCGAAAAUGGUGUAGAAAAACAAGUUAGUGGAAAGAACGUAAGAAUUUUAUUUGGACAUUACGGAAGUGCUUCGUCAUUUGAUAGUGAAGAAAGCUUAGAGGAUUUAGACACGCAAUCUACUACUGUGGGGGAUGACGAUGCUGCUACUUUUUAUUCCAGUUAUGAAUCCCUCAGCCCAUCUGAGAGAGAAAAGUUAUUAAAAGAAGAUAACGAUGAUGAUGAUUAUGGUGAUGAUGAAUACGAUUUUGAUUUUUCAGAAUGUUUUUCCAAAGAGAAAUUUAACAAGCAGAACUUUAAAACUUUGAAGGACAAAUUCAGGGAGGCAAUGAAAAAACCAAAAUAUGUCUUUUGCGCUGCGACAUCUGCGGUAGUACUGAUGAAUUGCCCACAAGUGUUAUUUCCUAUUUUUGUUCUGUUAGCCAUUUUUGCAUCAGGAUUGGGCAUACAAUCAAAAUUCCUUAACAAAUAUAAAAAAAAAGAAACUGUAGUAUAG